UAUGUCUUUAAUCAUUUAUUUUUGUUAUGUAAAGAAUGUUCAAGUGCUCUUGGUAUGGAGAGUCGCCACAUCAAAGAUGCUCAAAUCACUGCAUCUUCACAAUGGAAUGGAAAUCAUGCAGCAAUCCAGGGAAGAUUGAACUUUAAGGCUGGUGGAGGCAAGACAGGAGGAUGGUCAGCUCGGUCGAAUAAUGGAAAUCAAUGGAUACAGGUGGCUCUUGGUAGUUACACCAAAUUAACAAGUAUAGCAACACAGGGAAGGAAUGCUUACAGCCAGUGGGUAACGGCAUACAAGCUGCAGUACAGUGAAGAUGGAGUGAACUUCUACUACUAUAAAGUACCAGGACAGAGUUCACCCAAGGUACAUACAUGUAAAUUGCCAUGUGUCACAUAUUGAAAGAUUUUUGGGUAUAUCUCAAGUCAUCCUGUAGAAAAUGAACCUUUAAGUGGACAAAAAUCUGUUGAUAUUCAUAUUGUAUCAUUAUAUGAAUGGAAUAGUAUAUUGACAACUAAAUAAUGUAAAAAAUGUUGGCAUGUAGGUGAUUAUGCUUUGCAUUUCUAAGAAUUGCUUUGUUCAACCCUUAAACUCCCAGAAGUGAUUCACAUGUAACUUCUCCCAACAAUAUCCAUCCACUAUCCAGCAAACAGGUAAUGAGAGUACUCAAAUUUAUCAUGUAGAAGUUGUUCUCUUGGUAUAAUACCAAAUUCUUGCAACUAAUUUACAAGGAAAUGUGUAGCAGUGAGAUGUGAGAAUUGACAACCAGAUCAUGGGAGUUAAAGGGUUAUUUAAUAAGCAAUUAAUACUAGACUAAACAGAAUAAUGAUAAUUACGAUGAUGUUAAUUUGGUAUGGGAAUCACUUAUCUUACUAGAUUUUGUAUGUUGAUUAUUUAAGGUUUUUAAAGGAAAUAAAGACAGGGAUAGUAUUGUGUAUCAUAAAAUAAGCCCACCAAUCCAAGCGCGUUAUAUCAGACUCAGACCCACAGCAUGGUAUGGUCAUAUAUCACUCAGGAUGGAGUUGUAUGGUUGUUUAGGUAUGGUAACUGUUACUCUGAGUCAUUAA